CAGAGAUUCUAUAUGAUUGACGAGUCAGAAAUGCCUGGGAAAGGUGGCGAUUGUGUCACAAGUUUGGUGCACCACUAUUUUUCUCACUUUGGCGCUGGAGUAAAACACGCAGAGAUUCACUUUGACAAUGCUGUUGGGCAGAAUAAAAACAACACCAUUCUGGGCUAUUGCAUGUGGAGAGUGUUGACAGGUCUGCAUGAGUCUGUUUCCUUGAGUAUGAUGCUACCGGGACAUACCAAAUUCACGCCAGAUUGGCACUUUGGUGUGUGGAAAAUAAAAUGGCGCCAAUCAGAUGCUGAAUGUAUGGAGGACAUUGCUUACACAGUUAAAGCAUCUUCUAGGUCCGGGCAUAACAUUCCGCAACGCGUAAAUGAUCCAUCUAGACCGGUGGUGUUUUUGAACUGGAAGACAUUCUUAGAAAACUAUUUCAAACUUUUAAAAAACAUCACAAAAUACUACCACUUUCGUUGCACUGCGGAUGAGCCAGGGGUUCUCAUUUGUCGAGAGUUCUGUGACUCGGAGGAAGUUAGAUUUAAUCUUCUAAAGGCAAGACCCGAGGCAGGCUGCCUUCCAACAGUUAAGGUUAUCCCCCCUCUAGAUCAUCUGAGGCAGUGGUAUCUUUACGAGAAAAUUGCACCGGUUUUUAUCAAUGAAGUUGCCAGAGACAUUGUGUGUCCCAAACCAUCUAUUCCAAAGUAAAAAAUGUGAGAGCUUGUUAUCCUAUUAACAAUUGUUCAUUUUCUCAAAUUGUUGUUCUUGCAUUAUACUUAUGAUAAACUGUUUUCUGAUUAGUAUUCAUGACUAUGACAUUUACAUGGUAUUAUUUGUAUGACAAUUAGCUGAAUAUCUUAUUAAUAGUGUGUUUCUUUUAUUGAAAGUGACAUAGCAAUCAAUAAUCAAAAAUAGUUUAUGGGCAUAUAUAACCUGAACUGAGAUUUAUAAUUAAUUAACAAAUCAAUCAUAGUGAUUUCACUAUAAAAUAUUCUGUACAGUAUGAUUAUUACAUUGUAUAAUAUGACUGGCAUGUGUUCAAAGAUAACUUAAACUGUUGUAGUUUGUAUUGACAUCAAAAUGUGUGAUGUAAACAUAUGUGUUCAUAUUAUGUAUCUAUUAUAUUUUACAAGUAAACGAACAUAUUUUGUUGUGUAAAGUUUAAUCUAUGGUGACGUUUACCAUUGAAUAUUGAUGUGCUUAUUGCUGUAAUUUUCUUUUAUUUGAAAAUCAUGUUUUUGGACCUCUAUAUAUGAAAUGGGUUGAUAUUAUUUUCUAUCUACACUUAUGGUCAAUUUCAUUGUUGAUAACAGGUACAAAUGAAAUUGAUAAUUUACUGUUUCCAUAGCAACUGUUAACUUAAUUUUAAAAAAUCUAAUUAAUUGUGUAUCAAUCUUUGAAUAAAAUACAAUUGCUAAAUAAACCAUGUAUGGCAGUAUAGAUGCUUAACAAAAAUUCAAAAUGUCAGGUUUUUUUUCAUUUUAGUUUCAAGUUCGUUGCUAUACAAUAUGUUCAAUUUAUGAAUACACCCCUAUUUUCAGAAAAUGUUCAUACAUUGAUUUUACUAUAAACAUGUUGGUAAUGUUUAAUAUCUGUCCAGAAGAUAUUUUGUUGAUGUGUUGUUAUUCUGUGUCUUAAAUUCUUUAAAAUGACAAUACAUUUGAAAAAAGAA